AUGGAAACAGAAGCAAAAGCGCUAAUCGAUGCAUUGUUCACUGCCCCAGGGAAGGUCUUCCUCUCUGGAGAGUACUCAGUGACUUAUGGUAGUGAUACCAACCCAGCAAUCGCUUUCACUAUCGACAAGAGAACCCAGUGCCAUGUCAAGGUCUUCAAGAGAGAGGAAGGAUUCCCAUUUUUAGAUAUUGAAUGCAAGUUCUUCAAAAUAGUCUUAGAACAAUACGAGCAGCUUGAGGAUAUCUCCCAGCUCGAGACUGCCGAAAUCGGAGCUCUCACCACAUUCAUAGAAGCAGUUAAAGAAUCUGGAACUGAUCUCAAAGAGUUCACCGAGAAGUACUUCAUUACUAUCGAGAUGAAGUAUGCGUUCCCAUCAGGAAUAGGGCUCGGUUCAAGCGCCUCUUACAAUGUAGCUCUCGCUGCAGCAAUUAAUACAGUGGCAAGAAAACUAUCCAAUGGAAGUUUCAAGGAUAUGACCGAUAUCGCAUUCACUGAUGUCGAAGACCAAUGGAGAAUCAGAACCAUAGCAGAUAUAGGGGAAAAGGAGGCUCACAAGUCUAUCUCUGGUGCAGAAUCAGCAGUGAUCUCUCUUGGAGGAAUCUACAAAUACUCCAGAAACAUGACGGAAGCCUCUGAGGUGAUUGAAGCAUCAGCAGGUCUUCACUUGUCUGAAGACUUCAAAUUUGACCUAAUAGAUACUGGAAUCCAUAGGACUCCCAAAGAUAGUUUGGACGAUAUGGUAACCAUGCAUCAGCAAUAUCCAGAAAUUUUCCUUUAUACAGAGGAAAGCGAAGGAGUCAAGAAGAAAUACUCCAACGAAUCAAACAUCAAGAUCUUCAAUGCUGUGAUGGAAGCUAUUUGCUGCACUACAAAUUCGAUCGAGGCACUUCUAAAAGAGGCAACCUAUGAUUCUGACCAUUUAAGUCACUUGGUCAACACCAAUCACAGACUUCUAGAAUCGAUUAAAGCUGGAGCGGAAAUUAUUGAUGAAAUUGUUGUCCUCGCAAAUAGACACAAGGUAGGAGCAAAGAUUGUCGGUGCAGGAUUUGGUGGAUGCAUGAUAGCCAUCUACAACACCAACUCUCAAGUCCAAGAGUUCAAAGACGCUGUAAAUGCCCUCUCUGAGAAAGGAGUCUGCUUUAUCCCAGCAAAUUUCAGCAAACUUGGAAUUCAAUGAGAAUCUUGGGAGCAUAGAUAAUUAAUUUGAGUCACAAAGGAUUAUAUAUUUCAAC